UUCUCAAUCAGCCGUUUCCUCCGCUGUCCGCCCUCGCUCGCCACUAUAAUCUCAAUCCGCCUGGAGAGCGGACGAAUCUCUCCAUGUAUUCUGCUCCAGUCGCGCGCGGGCUAUCGUUCCAACCACGGUUUGGGUCUGACGGCCGCCGGAAACCCUUCACUAAGCAGCCUUCCCAGUUCACGUCUGGCCGAUGCCUGAAAGCCCUCUCGAUGGCAUCGAACCAGGGAGGUGCUACCGCUGCUGCCGACAAUGGAGGGAGACGAGACUCCGGGGCUCUCGAUUUGAAGCCUAUUUUGGAUGAGAUCCACGUCGAUUAUGCCUGCAAGGACCCCCAAUCUCUGCGUAGGCCUCUGUCCAUUUCCGACUCAUCUAGCUUGUUUGAGGGAGCACAGUUUCGUGUUGCAUACCAGGGCCUCCCAGGGGCUUAUAGCGAAGCUGCGGCAGCAAAGGCAUAUCCUAAAUGCGAAGCGGUUCCGUGCGAGCUGUUUGAGACUGCUUUUGAUGCAGUUGAACGCUGGCUUGCUGAUCGAGCAGUUCUCCCUAUUGAAAAUUCACUUGGUGGCAGCAUCCAUCGCAAUUAUGACCUUUUACUGAGAUAUAAUUUGCACAUUGUUGGGGAAGUUAAACAUGCUGUUCGGCAUUGCUUACUAGCCAAUCAUGGUGUUAAGAAGCAAGAUCUGAAAAGAGUUCUUAGUCAUCCUCAGGCUCUUGCUCAAUGUGAGAAUACACUCGCAAAACUAGGAGUCAUCAGAGAAGCUGUCGAUGAUACAGCUGGAGCUGCAAAGUUUGUUGCUACCAACAAACUUCAAGAUGCUGGGGCUGUUGCCAGUUCCUUGGCUGCUGAAAUAUAUGGGUUGAAUAUCCUUGACCAAGACAUUCAGGAUGAUCCUGAUAAUGUUACUAGAUUCUUGAUGCUCGCCAGGGAACCCAUAAUUCCAGUUAAUGAUAAGCCAUUUAAGACAAGCAUAGUUUUCUCUCUUGAAGAAGGCCCAGGUGUGCUUUUCAAGGCACUUGCAGUUUUUGCUAUGAGGGAUAUCAACCUAACAAAGAUCGAAAGCCGUCCCAGGAAAAACCAGCCUUUCCGUAUAUCUGAAGAUGGCAAUAAUGGGCGUUUAAAGUAUUUUGACUACCUGUUUUAUGUCGAUUUUGAGAAAUCAAUGGCUUCUGAAAAUGCACAAAAUGCCCUUAGGCAUUUGAAGGAAUUUGCAACAUUCUUGAGAGUGCUAGGAAGUUAUCCUAGGGACUUGAAUGAGGGAUAACUUGCUUUAUGAAGAUGAUGAAAUAUUAUGGUACAGUUGGUGUCCAUCGUUCUUGUUGCCUAUAUGAGCAAGAUUUUGAUGGGUUAUCUUUGAAUAGUAGAAUGGCAGUUUAGUAUGUAAUAAAGCGGCACUUCUUUCCUCACUAAUUCUCUAAAUAAUGUAUUUAUAAAUGCUUCUUCAGAGUUUAUUCAAGUUUGUUUGAAUGUUGCGUUAA